GCUGCCCCAGUGGGAAAUGCAGGCCCUACUCUUCCUAUUGGCCCUUCUCUUGCCUCCUGAAGCUGGAGCUGAGGAGAUUAUUGGUGGUGUGGAGUCAAGGCCACACUCCCGCCCUUACAUGGCCUAUCUGGAGAUCAUCACUGAGCAAGGCUUCACUGCCAGCUGUGGGGGGUUCCUCAUAACCCCAGAAUAUGUGAUGACGGCUGCACACUGCAAGGGAAGAGAAAUUACUGUCAUCCUUGGAGCUCAUGAUGUGAGCAAGACAGAAUCCACACAGCAGAAGAUAAAAGUCAAAAAACAAAUUGUUCACCCAAAUUACAGCUUCUAUUCCAACCUGAAUGACAUCAUGUUGCUGAAGCUUCAAAGGAAAGCUAAGAAGACUCCUGCUGUGGACACAAUUCCCCUGCCUAGUCCGUCUGACUUUAUUAAACCUGGAAAGAUGUGCCGGGCAGCCGGCUGGGGAAGAACUGGGGUGACAGAUCCAACAUCAGAAAAACUGAGAGAGGUGAAACUGAGAAUCAUGAGGAAAGAAGCCUGCAAAUACUAUCUGAAUUACAAGUAUGACUUCCAGGUCUGCGUGGGCAACCCCCGGAAGAUAAGAUCAGCAUACAAGGGAGACUCCGGGGGACCUCUGCUGUGUGCUGGGGUGGCCCAUGGUGUUGUAUCUUAUGGACGUGGAGAUGCAAAGCCCCCUGCAGUCUUCACCCGAAUCUCCCCAUAUGUGCCCUGGAUUAAUACAGUCAUAAGAGCAAGUGGCUGAAGAGCCUUGCCAGUCUGAGUCAGGGUCUCCAAGACAGGGCUCUUCUGGCAGCCCUUGGGUUUAAAA